AUGCCAGCUAGAUUUAGUAAGAACAGAAAGAAGCGUGGACACGUCUCUGCCGGUCACGGUAGAAUCGGUAAGCACAGAAAGCAUCCAGGAGGUCGCGGUUUGGCUGGUGGUUUAACUCACCACAGAAUUAACAUGGAUAAGUAUCACCCAGGUUACUUCGGUAAGGUUGGUAUGAGAUACUUCCACAAGACCUUAAACAAGUUCCAUCGUCCAACUGUUAACGUUGAAACUCUCUGGAACUUAGUUUCUGAACAAACCCGUGCCAAUGCCUCUGAAACCAACAUUCCAGUCAUUGACGCCAAGCGUGCUGGUUUCGGUAAGGUUUUAGGUAAGGGUAAGCUUCCAAACAAGCCAUUUGUCCUUAAGACUAAAUUCGUCUCCCGUAAGGCUGAACAAAAGAUCAAUGCUGUUGGUGGAAAGGUUGAAUUGAUUGCUUAA